AAAGUUAAAUAAACGAUUACUUAAAGGCCAGGCCAAUCGCAGAGAGUUGCAGUGGUGCAGUAGAUACACUCAAUAUGGAAUGGUUGAUUCUCUCGCUUUUGGUCACGAUGGCCAGUUCUGUGGAUUCGUUUUUAGACCACGAAUAUUCUAGAACUGCCUUAGGGGAUAACAUCGACAAAGCAUCCGUUAAACUUUUAAGGGAAGCUUACCUGUCAUCGGAAAAUACGAACGUGGUUACUUCACCCUUGGGGGUGUUAUUGCUUUUAUCGCUAUACUCUUCCGGCACCCAAGGUAAAACGAGGGAUGAAAUUACACAACUACUUCACGUGACCGACUACAAGGAGAUGUUGGACAGCUACAGUGGUCUAAGCAAGGAGUACGCUUCAAUCAACUCCAGCUACCUAUCUCUGGCCAACAAGAUCUACGUGGCCUCAGGGUGCGGUCUGAAUGAUGAGUUCUUCAGAACAGCGACCACCUACAACACCGAGGUGGCCUCUAUCAACUUCCACAACGUAGACAACGCAGCGCAUAUUAUUAACCAAUGGGCGAAUGAAAAAUUAAAAGGCCUCAUCAAAGACCCCGUGUCGAAAUCAUCUUUAGACAAAGACGCAUUGGUGGCACUAUUCAACGUGAUAUAUUUCAAGGGUCACUGGCAUGUUCCUUUCCAAGCUUCGUUGACUGAGGACAAGGACUUCCACGUCAACAGGACUUUAACUGUUAAGAAACGGAUGAUGCACCUCAAGAAAUCCCUCUUCUUUAACGCGGAUGACGAGCUCGGAGCUAAAAUGAUAGAAUUGCCAUACCAGGAACCCGGUUUCCGCAUGGUGGUGAUCUUGCCGAACGAAGUGGAUGGUCUCCCGGAGGUCUUGGAGAAGGUGGCACAAAAGGGACUACUUGAUAAUGUGUUCGCUUUGAGUCCCGCGAGAAGGAAGGUCAAUUUGUAUUUACCAAAAUUCGAUAUCAAAAGUAGUCUUGAUUUCACUCAAAUAUUACCAAAGUUAGGGGUAAAAGGUAUAUUUUCGGGGGGAGCCCAUGGCAUAGUGAAGGAGCGCAGUGUUGCCAUAUCAAAAAUAUUCCAAGAAGCCGCAGUAAAUGUUGACGAAGAAGGUGCUAAAGCGGGCGCAUUCACUGGCUAUACAGCUGUAAAAUUGUCCUUCAUCUCAAGACCCCCACCGCCAAUGGACUUCAUUGUUGAUCACCCAUUCCUAUUUGCCAUUCUACAUAAAGAUGUGACUCUAUUUCUUGGCACAAACACACAUUGAGUUAUGUGUGUUGAUUAGAAUUUGUAUCAAGAAAAUUGCUCCCAAAUUUGUAUUACAAAUAAAUUAAUUGUAAACA